AUGGGCACCUGGCUCUCAAGAGUGCUCUAUAGCCUUGUUCCGCAGCGCCAGCUCCCAGCGCCUAGCGCCAGCGCUCAGCGCCAGCACCAGGGCCAGCCCGAGGGCCAGCGUGCAGAAUUAGUCUAUCCCCCAAGAGUGUCCUCGCAGGAAACGUCCAACCCCCUAGAAGCUGAGGGCCGGCGCCAUUUCCCUUGGAUUCAGCAGGUAGCGUCAGCAGCGAGUGGUGCCUUCGAGCCUGUCUUGGGUGAGCCCGUCUUGGGUGAUUCUGCUCGGCCCAGGACAUUGUAUUUUAGCACGCCCUUCGAAGGCUGUGCGCAGGAUGUAUACGUCAUCAACGAGAAGCCUAGCACCAAAGCCGAGGUCGAAUUUGCCUUGCUGCGAUGCAAGAUCCUAAGAUCCGGCCAUGACCCUCCUGAGAUCUACUUGUGCACACUGGAGAAUCGUCAUGUCUAUGUCGCAUUGUUCAAGGUCUUCGCGCCUGCGAGGGGUGUGCCCCCACCACAGCUGAAGGACAAUGUUCAUGUAUCGCCCAUCCGGCACCAGUCGGGGUUUGACAAUGACAUAGUGGUCAUGGAUCUUGAAGGACGAGACGGCAGUGGAAUUUGGCAUUCAUAUCGGCUAUGUCACGAGAAGAGCGAUCCUGGAGUGCCCUCUCCCCCCGGGGGAUACACCGAACAGAGCCCGGAGCUGAUAUAUUGGCUCGGGUUACUGGAGCAAGCGGAGCGGCUGACCUCCGUCAGCGUGGCAUCACGUUGCUCUGACACUCCCGAGGAAGCCUUAAGCUACUUGAUGAUGCAGCUGACAGACAUGAUCUUUUCGUGUAAGGCUCCUUCCAAGCAGACUGUCAGACAGCACAAGGGGCACGCGCAGAUUGGGCCUGUGCCAGCACAUGACAGCCACGGUGUGGCAACAUCUGUCAGCCCAGGCAAGCUCGCGAUGAUGCAGUUCGUGUCUCUGCUCAUGAACACGGGGGACAAAUACUUCUUCGAGAUGGCGUGGUUAGCGCGAUCAUUCGAGAUUGGAAAUGCUGGUAACUUGCCGUCAGGCAGCUGCGGAUCCCUAAUCUUCAAAUUUGGGACGGACCAGCUUGCGGGAAUGUACUCGUGCGUGACUGCCGAUGCACCAUGGAAGUGUAUUGGGCAUGCGCCAGAAGUGGAGCCCGAUGUCCUCCCACACUUCAGUUUCGUACGGGUCCAAAAGCUCGAUGAGAUCCUCUCCAAGAUACGCGGGCAGACCUCAUCGGAGGAUUUGGGGCAGGAGUGGGAUGACUGGGAGGCCUCCUUCCCGCCCAAUGAGGCAGCCGAGAUCGGGGUCGACCUGAAUGAAUGCAAUCUCCAGAGAUUGAGUGAUUGCAUCUAUCACAUUUCUGACAUAGAUGUUGACGUGCAGCAACUUCGGUUUACGCAGAAUACAAUUAGCUUUCGCUUCCGUGACGGCCGCUCCGUCAAUUCCUUAGCUGCCGAUCUCCGUGCCGGUGCGACCAAAGCCGGGGACCUACCGAAGCUUCAAGUCUUCGAGCAUGACCAUGCCUUGUACUCAUUGGACAACCGUCGGCUCUUUGCGCUGAAAGUUGCAGGGAUUAGCCGCAUUGUGGCCGAGAAGGUUCAGGUUCGCCGCGAUUUGCUGAGCAAGAAGCUAACCACGACCAGUUCCGGCCGUGUCGUGGUCUUUGCACCUGACCCCUCCAUUCCUGAUGUUGCCGACUUCAAGGUCCUUGUUGACGAUUGCUCGGGAUCGCAGCCAAACUGUUCCCAUCGGGUGCAGGUGACACACAUGGGAUCUGCACGCCCUACUGAGCAAGUCAUGACUGCACAUGAGAUCGUGAAGAUUCAAGCGAAGAACAGAUUUCCCGUAGACGGACACUUUCAACCAGCUUUCAUGGAUGUCAUGGUAAGCCUUGCUUUUCCUCCGACACCAUCAGCAACUCAGCCUCGGCGCAAGCGGAGAACUGAGAAGUCGAAGAUUAACGGCAAGAAGCCAUGA